AUGGAACUGGCCAUAAGACGAAGUGAAUUCAGUUUCGCCAUAAGUUUCACAAUAUAAUCCAAAGACGCGAUAAGAUCAGUUUGAAUAUUUUAAUAAUACUCAUGUUACUCUGUUGUUAAAAUGUUGAAGAAACAAAUUUUGGUUUUAUUCAUCUUACUCGGUGCUUACCAGACAUCGGGUUGGCUCUUCGAUGUUCUUAAAUUGGGGAGAAAGAUUUGGAAGUUUGUGGGGAAGAUACAAGACAUGCGGGAUAAAGCCGAGACUAUUAAAAAUGCUUUCACCGGAGAAUUGAUUAGUGCUCUAUUUGACGAAGAUGAUGGAGGAAUUGAAGCGCUAUCGGAGCAGCUCGAGAAUUUACGUACAGAACUUAUCGGUCACUUACAACAAAUAGAAUCAUUGGUCAAGCACAUACCAGCGGAAAUUAAAAAGGACGCUGAGAAAGCGAAAUAUGAAGACAUUAUUCACGAGAUAGAUGAGACCCAUAAGUCUCUCCUCGAAGCCAUCCAGGCAAAUAAUACUGCAAAAUGGGGAAAAAACCCUUGUUCGGCGAUGUACGAUUUUCGUAUGCAACUUCAAGAUUUGGGGCCCCUACUGAUGGGUAGCGACUACAAGUCCGGACUUCUCCAAAUGAUUGCUCGUAGUGAUCCCGAAUUCGAAACAUUGCCGAUAUCCAUUCAAGAGCAGCUGAUAUUUAUUUUCGAAACAGUAAUCCUAACUGAAAUAAAGGGCCUGCAUAUAAUAGCUAGUUGCCUCGAGAAAGACGGGGCCUCUUCAAAAGAUUGGGCUGUGGACAUGGCAAGAGCUGUGAAAGUGUUUGAAGAACGUUAUAAGUCGUAUCUAAAUGUUAUGCUGGUCAUUCUGGAAGGCACUUCGCCCUUUAUACGAUCUCGUGGCAUUCCAACUAUAGGGCCUCAAGCUUCAGGUGAGUCUCGCUCGUAUUAUGAAAUCGGAUCAUUCACACGCCCUCACGUAAAUAUGCAAGAUUUAACCCCGUCUACGAGUAUGACUGGUGGCUACUACCCUCAGUGCGCUGGCAUCAACCAGAAGUUUGGCCAAUGCCUGAUCGAAGGAGCAGAAAUCAAUAAUUAUUGUAUUAAUGAUGGCAGUCCACUGAAUCUCUGCAUGACAGGCGAAGAGGUAAUCAGUCUCAAAUAUAGCUCCAAGGUCAUUGGGUCCCCUGAUCCAUGUUCACCCAAAAAUCAAGUUUCUUUUAAACAUCCUGCGACACGAAUGAGUUGGUGUUACUGCCUAUGUCAUCGAGAAACUUCGAAACAUUAUCUCAGUUUGACCAUGAGCCACGCGAAUGUGAUCAAGAAUAUGGUUAUCAUUGGUGCGAGAUUCGUACAACACAAUAAAAUUAUCCAUGUUCAAGUAUUGGAAGGGAAAUUACUGCCAGAUGGAAAAAUUGAGAGAGGCUCGGAACAGUGGGUGCCUCUUCCUGCUAGACCAACAGUCAUACCUCUGACAUGGGGUCGCAGAAAUUUUGUGCGUCAUAAUCCUGUUUUGCCCUUUGGAUAUGUUCUUAUUGGAGUGCAAUUUAUUGACCAGAAGAAUAAAUUUGCCAUUAGCGCAGUGGGAAAGAAGUAUGACAUAAGGCGGGGAGUGUUGUUACCAGGUUUCAUACAGGUUGCCGCGGAAUAUUAUCUUCAAAAUGAUCAUGCAGAAUCAAUGAGUACCUUGCCCGACCUUAUGAAUACUCUAGAUUCCAAGGAUGGCACUUAUUCGAUUCAAUUACGAAAAGGCCCCAGAAAGGACGCUUCGCCAAACCCGACAAUACCAUUCUUCGAUGGAACAAUUGUCCAAGCUAGUCCAACAAGGGCAUUAGCGGGAAUUGGAUUGAUCAGUAAAAAAGGUGCAGAUUCUAGCGAAUUUAUCUCUUUACAGGCGCGUUUAAUUCCAUUCAAAAGACAUUUGGCACAAUUGAUCCUGGACUACAUACCUGGACAAGUGUUGGAAGAAUGUAACUGGGGCUUAUGUACGUUGAGUUAUAUCCUGGAUUUAGGGCAGAGAAUCAGCACUGUCAUCUGGGAAUUGUCUGAAUUAGCUUUUGGUAAUCAUGUGAAUCUACACUUGAAGAUACAGACAGUACUUAGUGAGAUUGCACAAGAUAUUGAUGGCAUGGCAGUCAACAUGGAUAUAGAUAAACUCAGGGCUGUGGUGCUGAAUUCCACUCCCAAACCAUUUAAAAAUGAAUUUCGAAAGUGGUUGAAAGGAGCUAGACCGAUAUUGGAUAAGAUUGAUCAAUCAUAUGACUGGUUGCUUCAUACACAUAAUACCCAACAACCGAUGAACUAUACAUAUGCACAAUUGUUGUCAAAUGAGAUACACGGCUACAUUGAUGAGUUCAACAAAUAUCUCCUUUCGUCACUGUCUUCACGUGGCAAGUUAAUAAAAAAGAUUGAUAAUCAGAAACCCGCGAAGGCGCGUAAGGCCCAAAAAGCUGCUGUCACGGGUGACCAAUGCCCCAGCGUGCAAUCGAUGCACUUUAUCUUCACUGAACUCUUCCAAACACUAAUGGGUUACGAAAUUAAAUCCAUGGUUGUACUGACUUUCAUUGCGAAACUUGAAAAUCCCAUUCAAAUGGAUUGGAAGGCAGAUCUAUUGAAGCUCCGAAAGAGUUUUCAAAAUCGAUUAAGUCAAUACGUAGAAUUAUUUGAUGACCUCUUAGAAAAGUUCCCCACAGAUAUUAACAGUUGUGACCCGACAGCAGCUCCUCCAGGCAAAGUUCACAUCAAAGUCAAAGAAAUUGGAUCUGAGGCGAAUGACGUAGCCACAACUUACGUCAGUUUAGAUUUCAAUGCUGCUAAUGUGACCGAGAAUAUGGUCAUUACCGGCAUCAAAUUUGUACUUCAAGACAAUAUUCUUCAUAUACAAAUUAAAAAAGGACGAUUGAUGGGACAUGGUCAGAUUGAUGAAUCCUCGAAUCAUUGGGUUGACCCACCGAAGAAUCCACGAAAAAUUCCUAUUCUUGCGAACAAGAAAACAUUCGCACUCAACGAUCAUAUAUUCCCGUCGGAUUAUGCUGUGAUCGGCGUUGGAUUUAUCGAAACCCCAGAAAUUGGUAUCGCGGUAGAAGCACGAAAGUUCAGCUUUUGGAAUGGAACAUUGCUGUCACGAUCUAUAAAGACAGGCGGAACACCGACUGUGGACAAUACAUUGCAUGAAGCUAUCCCUCACAAGGGUUAUCAUAAGAGAAUUCCUCAUGGAAAGGUGCACAAGCACGAAGAAUCUACGAAAUCAUUCAGCGUAACAUUGAAAUCAGUUGAGGAUAAAAAAACAGGUGAACAAGAAGUUCAGCCUAAAUUCAAUGGCUUCAGCGUUGAAUCUAUUCCACCAAAACCAAUGGGAGGCAUCAGCAUAUUCCGUCAAGAACGGAAGAAUGGUGAAUUCAUUUCGCUCAAAUUGCACUCACUCAACUUCAAAGAAAAUUUGGAACAUUUCCUCGAACAGCGUGACAGAAAAGAGGCCUUCCUAGAAGGAUUUUAAUAGAUUAUUGAAGAAGAAUCUAAUACAAUAUCAUUUGUUUGAUCAUGUUGUAUCCGAAAUAAAUUUCUGAUGCUCACAUAA